AUGGAAACUUGUAUGCAUCUCUUUAAGGAUUGCUCGCUGGCGCGGGCUCUUUGGUUCUCAAAUCCUUUUUCUUUCAAAGUGGAGGAGUUCCCUGGUAUUGACUUGAUGAGCUUUUUGGAAAAUCUCAUUGGAAGCCUCCCAGUCAAGCUAAAAAUUCAGACUCUUAUCAGUGCGGCUUGCAUAUUCUCUAAAAUUUGGUAUGCAAGGAAUCAACUUAGGGUGGUGGGCAAAAUGGUCUCUCUUCAGUGCCUUCUGAUGAGAAUUCAGAAGAUGCUUCAGGAACAAUUGAGUUGGCAGGACACAGGUUCUAAUCAGAGAGAUACAAAUGUGGGGAAUGGAGUGCCCGUGGGGUCCCUGGAGCUUCCUGGCGACACACUCUUUCUCACAGAUGCUUCUUGGGAGAACAAUAUAGCUGGUUUAGCAGUGGUUUUUGUCGAUCGAGGCAGGGAGACUUGGGAAGUGAGAUUAAGCAAGAAAGAGGCAUAUUCGGCAAUGGAGGCUGAAACUCAAGCGAUUUUUAAUGCUCUGAUUUGGGCUAAGGAAAUUGGCCUAGACAAUGUUACUAUUUUAUCGGAUGCUCAAGUAGUAGUUAAUGCAUUUAACACUCUAAUGUAA